CUGCCUGCCUCGCUCUCUGCUUCACGCGGAGAGAGAGCGCGAGCUCGGCUGGGUUUGUGUUGUUUUGUUUUUAUCUGAGGGGAAUUCAGCGCUUUGUCGGGUUUUACAGGACCGGGACCGGACCAGGACCGGGCUGAGGGCGAGCUGCUUCCUGUGGGUCGGUGGGUCUGCUGGUCUGUGGGUGAGAAUGGUGCAGUAGAUGGAACUGGAAGAGUAACAGCACUCACUUCAUCUUGGAGAGCUCAGACUGGAGAAUUACCCCACAUUUAAACAGGUGCAUCUGUAAAGUUUAAAGCUCAGGAAUGGCUGUCCUCACAGCUAUAUACCUCGUCAUUGCUUCCAAGCUCCUUUUGGCCAUGGUGAAAAGUGACAGCAUCAACUUCUACAAUAUCCAGCCCCCUGUAGACGCGACUCCAUACCCCAAGAGCUUCAAGUGCUUCACGUGUGAUCAGGCCUCCGACAACUACAACUGCAAUCGCUGGGCUGAAGACAAGUGGUGUCCACAGAAUACACAGUUCUGUAUGACCAUCCAUCACUUCAGCCGUCACGGUAAAACCAAGUUUGUGACUAAAAGGUGUGCAGCGUGGGAGGAGUGCAACUCUGCAGGCUGCCGACAUCAUGGCAACACCCACCAUAGUGUGUGUGUAUCGUGUUGUGAAGGCAUGGCGUGCAACGUGGAGAUGCCCACUAAUCACACAAACGCUGUGUUUACACGGAGUCAAGCUUUCAGCUCUGCUGCCCCCAGUGGCAGGAAAUGGAAUUACAUUCUCCUGCUCAUUCCUGCUCUCUCCAUAAUUUUAGAUUUGGAACAGUAACCAGAAGAGCCUGUAUAGAUUGCAGUAAUCACAGAGAGGCCAAAGUCAAUCUACAAAGAGUCUUCACUCUGAAGCAUGCUGGGAUAUCCGAAGUGCUGGACGAAAGCUUUGAAGAAAAAGUUGUUUCGUUACUUCAGUUACUUCAGUUACUUCAGUUGCUUCAGGCUUAUGGUGGCAUCCUGUGUUCUCAGAAAUGGGCUCUACAAUAUGGAAUAUUUCAAUAUGGAAUAUAUUGAAGAUGCCAGCCAUUCAGCUCUUUGAGUUGGACAUGAGGACAAAGCCCUUCAUGAAACCAGACAAAUGAUCUUAUCACUGCCCAAUAUGGAUGUUCCUUCAUGGAAUAUUGGUUGUGCCAUAUGAUUAGCUUUCAGAGUUGGACAUGAGGAUGCAAGCCUUCAUGAAGAUCAGAAAAGUGAAUGCUGUGGCUUUAAUGAUGAACGUAUGGACAUUUUUUAAAGUGAACUUUUCAAGAUAGACUUGAGCAUAACAAGGCUCAAGAAUUCUUGAAGUCCAAGGAAAUCCAAUCCUUCUUCUGUGAUGGACAUAUGGACAUCCUCACUGCUUGUAUACUGCUUGUGCCAGCCAAUUCGCUUUUUGAGUUGGAUAUGGGGAAAAAAGCCUUUGUGAGACCAGAAGAACCAUCACCGUCAUCUUGUGGCUUGAGUAAUGGACAUUCCAGUAUGGUUCUUUCACAAUGGAAUAUAUUGGAAAUGCCAAUCGAUCAACUUUUAUGUUGGUUAAAAUAUGGACUGUCCAAUAUAGAGAUCCAUCAUGGAAUAUUGGUUGUGCCAGCCAAUCAGUUUUAUGAAUUGGACGUGAGGAGGAAAGCCUUUACAAAGACCAGAAUGGUGACAUCCUUUGGCUUUCUUUGGCCUCAUAUGGAUAUUUCAUUAUGGAAUAUUGUGUGGCCAGAAAGAAGCCAGAAAAAGGACAUCUUAGCACUCUCAAAUAUGGACGUUCCAUCAUGGAGUAUUGGUUGUGUCAGCCAGUCAGCUUCAUGAAUUGGACAAGUAUUGUGGCUAUAGUGAUAAACAUAUGUUAAUUUUAACAUGGACUUUUCAUGGUGCCAACCAGUCAGCAUAAGAGCCUUCAUCCAGUCCAGAAGGGUUUCAUCCUGAGGCUUCAAUGGUUAAUGGAUAAUCCAUUAUAGAAUACAUUGGAGAUUCCAUAUAAUCAUUUUUUUCUGAGUUGGACAUGAGUACAAAGCCCUUCAUGAAACCGGGAAAAAUGACAUCUAUACACUAUACAGUAAAUGAAAUUGGAUGAAAAUGAAUGUGGAUAUUUCUUCAUGGAAUAUUAUUUGUGCCAGCCAAUCAGCUUUCAGAAUUGGACAUGAGGACAAAAGCCUUCACUAAGGCCAGAAAAAUAAUGAUGAACUUAUGGGCAUUCCAGAAUGGAUAAUCCAGUCAGGACUAUUGGUUGGAAUACUGGCCAAUUCAGCCUUACACAUUUGACACGAUGGCCAGAAAAGUGUCGUUCUGUUUCUUCAGUGAUUGACAUGUGGACACAGCCAAUGGAAAAUGGAGGCGGUCUUUCUGACAUUAGAACUGUGCCAAUGGAUGCGGGCAUCCAAACCAUGAAACUCAAUGAUAUGCAAAAGAGGCUUUGCCAAUGGAAUUCCAGAACUUGCUAUUGAUGAGUGUUUACCAGUGACAUGCUAAAUAGGACGGGGUAAAGGAAGCUAAUUAUUUAGCUCUGAGGGGAAGCAGAUACCCCUCAGUAAUGCUUCAUUGAGUCUGUAUUGACCAAAUUGACAACCGCAGACAGACUCGAGUGUUUUUUAGGUGGUGGGACGGCCUCUUGUGGCUUUGAGCCCAGAGACUGUCCAAACAGUCGAGUCACUGCUGCAAAUAGAUGCUGAAUGUAUUGUCAUAGAUUUCCAAACAAUGCUGAAUUCUCCAGAACAAGGGUUAGAAGUUUUUUUACAUCAGUUGAAUCUGUCUGUCAGUCUACAGAAGUUUUAUUAUUCACUGAUAUAGAGUUUGAUAUAGAGACGAUUCCUGACAAAGUCAAUGGAUGUUUUACUUCAGCAAAGCACAGCACUGCAGAAGGAAGAGAGCUGAUGUACUGUAGUGCUGGUACUGUGGUAUAUCACUUUUAACCAUGCACUGAAUGUCUGCAAUUCUAAUGAACAGUAAAACACAUAUUAAUGUCAGUAUUUAAGAAAAAUGUAAUAAAAAUUUAAUAUUAA